CAAAUACAAAUCGUUUCCAUUUUUAAAACUCGGCUUUUAAAAGAGACCAACAAUGACAGAAGAGGGGACUUGAGGCGCUUGAGAUGAUCAUGUUUCUGGAAGCUUCUGCCUUCAACAUGUAUUGGUGUUUAACAAAACACUCACCUGUAAGUCAAAUUACCUGGUGAAUUUGACUCAGGGACAAGGGGACCUGUCCUGAGCUCAGCCCUCCUCCCCGGCUUAUCUUCGCCCGCUUCUCAUUAACAUGAUUACGCAGCUGCGCGCCGGGAUCUCUGUGAGGUUAAACUAAAAGUUACAGGUGAAGAGGCUCUGGAGCUGCCGAGUCCAAAAUCAACCCAAAGUCCGAGCAUGACUCCUGUGUUGCUGCUGGCGGUGUGUUUUCUCGGAGCGUGUGCCCUUUCACCCGUGGAGGACACCAACAGACAGGAGCAACUCCUCCUGAGGUCCCUGGGGCUCUCCGAGAGGCCGAGGCCUGCAGGGAGCCUCCAGCCCCGGCGCCAUGUCCCGUCCGCUCUCUGGAGGAUGUUCCGGAGGGCCGAGAAGUUCCAGGCCCUGGAGAGCCAGCCCUGCACGGUGUCCGAGUACGGAGUCCGCGGCAACAUCGUCAGAUACGUCCAAGACCAAGGCAGGAUGGUGUCUGGAUGGAGCAGCAGCUGUCAGGCUUGCCUGGAGAAGCAUCUUUUCUUCAACAUGUCCAUCCUGCAGCCUGUGGAGAUGCUGUCUCUGGCUCAGCUGGAAAUCAAGCUCCACUGGAAGCCCCUCAGUCCCGUGCAGCUGCUGCAAGGGUCCCAGGCCAUCAGUGCCUCUCUGUAUAAAGUGAUCCGAUCGACUUUGAAGGGAACUAAUCCUAAGGCGAACCGCAGACUGCUGUUGUCCCAGUCGGUCCAGCUGCAGCCCGAAUCCACCUCCGUCACCAUGGAUCUCACAGCGCUGGCAGAGAGCUGGCGCAAACCGGGCUCUAAUUACGGCUUGAUUUUAGAGUUGCUCCCUCUCGGACCAGACCCGGAACAGUUCUUUCCGUUUUACCCCGGUAACUCCCUCCCUCUCGAACAAGCCUUCACCUUCCCGUUGGUUCAGGCCUCACUAGUGGCUGUGUCCCUCAACCCAAAUCAGUGUCGGUCCAGACGGAGGAGAAGCGCCAUCCACAUCCCCGUGACACCAAGCAAUGUGUGUAAAGCUCGCCGCCUCUACAUCAGUUUUAAAGAUGUCGGCUGGCAGGACUGGGUCAUCGCCCCACAGGGCUUCAUGGCCAACUACUGCCACGGGGAGUGUCCGUUCCCGCUCAGCGAAAGCCUGAACGGCACCAACCACGCCAUCCUGCAGACCCUGGUGCAUUCCUUGGAUCCAGAGAACACGCCACAGCCCUGCUGCGUCCCCAUUCGUCUCUCCUCGAUCUCCAUGCUCUACUACGACAACAAUGACAAUGUGGUGCUUCAGCAUUACCAGGACAUGGUGGUGGAUGAAUGCGGGUGUCGCUGAGGAUGCUGGACACUUCUGAUUGGCCUCUGGUCACCAGAUAUUAUCCUCUGAUUCAUUCAGCUGCUUUGUCCAGUGAUGCGUGUCUAGAGUUGGUGUUACUGCAAUUUGUUAAAACGAUUGUUUUUCAAUAUGUAAUGGAAUAUGUUUGUAGACAGUAAUUUUUAAAGAAUUUAACUAUUUGUUCUUAUUGAAAUCUUUUUUGUUUGUUUUUUGUUUGAAGUCUAAUGAAAUAAAAUGAGGAAAUUAGUGUUUUUCAGUUUUAA